CCUUUGCAGACACCUGGGCUGACACAUACAGGACAGAGUAUGGCUCGCCUACAGACCGUGCUCCUGGCUCCCCUCGUCCUCCUUGCUGUGGCGCUUCAAGCAACUGAGGCAGGUCCCUACGGUGCCAACAUGGAAGACAGCAUCUGCUGCCGUGACUAUGUCCGUUACCGUCUGCCCUGGCGUGUGGUGAAACACUUCUAUUGGACCUCGGACUCCUGCCUGAGGCCUGGCGUGGUCUUGAAAACAUUCAGGGAUAAGGAGAUCUGUGCCGACCCCAGAGCGCUCUGGGUGAAGAUGAUUCUCAAGAAGCUGAGAGAAUGAGGAACCUACUCUGAUGACCAUGGCCUUGGCUCCUACAGGAAAGCUCAGGAGCCCUACCUCCCUGCCAUUACAGCUGCUCCCCGCCGGAAGCCUGUGCCAACUCUGCAUUCCCUGAUCUCCAUCCCUGAGGCUGUCACCCUUUGUCCCUUCUGUGCUGUCACUCCCAUCUCCUCCCUGACCCCUCUAACCCAUCCUCUGCCUCCCUGCAGCCAAUGGGUCCUAUUCCCAUCAGUGACUUCCCCUGCUCAAACCCUCCCAUGACUCCCCACGGCCCUAAGCUGAGGUCAGGGCUCCCAAGCCUGCACGCGGCCCUCUGGAUCUGGGUUCCAUCCCUAUCUCCAGCCUGCCCACUUCCCUUCAUGCAUGUUGGGUUCUAGCUCCCUGUUCUCCAAACCCAUACCACACAUCCCACUUCGGGGUUUUUGCCCGGGAUGUUGCCGACACCCAGAAAUUCUCACCACCUGCACCUGUGGAGCCCCACCAGCCCUCCAAAGCACUGCUUGCCCAAGCAGCUGGUAAUUGCAUUUCAUGUAUUAGACGUCCCCUGGCCCUCUGUCCCCGCUUAAUGCCCCUAGUCAUAGUCUUCCCAGAUUCUUGGGAUUUGGCGGCUUGUCUCCCUCACCUCCCCACUUCUUGGACCAAGGUUCAUAUCUAAGUUGUUCUCAUCUCUCAGCCUCUAGGGGCACUGCAGACAGGGCCUGGCUCAGAAUUGGAGUCCAGAAAGUGGCUGCAGACAAAAUCAAUAAAACUCAUGUCCCUCCCCUCUCCCUGCCAAAAGGCAGUUACAUGUCGAUACAGAGACUCAAGGUCACUAGAAAGGAGCCCACUGGGUCAAUGUGAAGCUCCAAAUUUGCCCAGAUUCACCUUUCUUCCCCUCCCCCUUUUUUUGAGAUGGAGUUUCGCUUUUGUCACCCAGGUUGGAGUGCAAUGGUGCAGUCUUGGUUCACUGCAGCCUUCAUCUCCCAGGUUCAAGCGAUUCUCCUGCCUCAGCCUCCUGAGUAGCUGGGAUUACAGGUGCCUGCCACCACACCUGACUGACUUUUGCAUUUUUAGUAGAGAUGAGGUUUCACCAUGUUGGCCAGGCUGGUCUCGAAUUCCUGACCUCAGAUAAUUUGCCCGCCUUGGCCUCCCAAAGUGCUGGAAUGACAAGCAUGAGCCACUGUGCCUGCCCCCUGACCCCUUUUUAUUUUAUGACAGGGUCUCAUUCUGUCACUCAGGCUGGAAUGCAUCGACAUGAUCUCGGCUUACUGCAACUUCGACCUUCCUGGUUCAAGCGAUUCUCCUGCCUCCACCUCCCAAGUAGCUGGUAUUACAGGUGUGUGUCAUCAUGCCUGGCUAAUUUUUGUAUUUUUAGUAGAGACAGGGUUUCACCAUGUCAGCCAAACUGGUCUUGAACUCCUGACCUCAAGUGAUCCACCCUCUUUGGCCUCCCAAAGUGGUGGGAUUGCAGGCAUGAGCCAUCGUGCCCAGCUUCCCCUUUUUUUCCCUAAGAGAAGACUCCUAUUCCUUUCUUCCCCAUUUCACCUACUUUCAUGUCUGCUCACACUUCCUUCUCCCCUCAGGCUUUUUUGGAUGGUCCUCCAACCUCCAAUACCCAGGCCUGACCUCUUCAGAAUACCCCCCCCAAUUCCACUUUCCCUGCCUCCUUCCCUAAAUAGCAGAGAAGCAAAUUCAUGCUAUGGUGUGAAUGACUACGCUUGGCUUGUUAUUAAAAGCUGGAGUUAUAUAUGUAUAUGAAAACAGAGUAAAUACUUAAGAAGCCAAACGGAUGAAUUGAAUAAUUUUAGGAACUA